AUGCCCGUCUGUCACUGGAAUCCAGCGCUUAUCCCUAUCUGUCUGGUCGAGCCAGGUAAGCACCAUGAAUCUGCUACAUAUCUACCCCGCGGCACCUUGGUACCUUUGUUCAGACGACAGUUCCAAUUCACCUACACAGUCAGCCAGCAACAACAAUGCAACAUGGACGAAGCUGCGCCUCCAUCCAAAAAGGCGGCGAAAAAGGCCGAAGCCAAGGCCAGAAAGGAGGCAUUGAAAGUACAGCGCGCCGAUGCACGCCAGGCACCUUCCUCUGCUGUCGAACUUGAUGACCCUGCCAAGGGCUUUUAUGGACAAGCUCCUACCACGCCCAUCAUCUUUUCGUCCAGUGCCGAAGACAUCAGUCUUCGGAACUUUAGCAAUAGAAAUGUAGAAGGCAAAACUAUCAUUCUCAGAGCAUGGCUCCAAACCUCCCGGACUCAGAGUGCGAAGAUGGCCUUUGUUAAACUACGGGAAGAAGGCAACUGGACGAUUCAGGGUGUCGUGACGGCCACAUCGGAGCCCCCCGAGCAGGAGCCACCCAUCGUCAGCCGACCGAUGGUGAGGUGGAUCGCUGGAAUCAAUCCUGAGAGCUUCGUGGUGGUUGAGGCCGAGGUACAGCGACCGAUCGAGCCUGUCAAGCGCUGCCGGGUGUCGAACUUUGAGCUUCGGAUCACUAGAUGCUAUUUGCUGGCACCAGCACCGGCUAUUCUGGGCAUGACACUGGCCGCCGCCAACCGACCAGUUGUUGACUUCAAUGAUGAAGCUAUCGGGGCAAAAGCUGGUGUCAGAGAGGAAGAAGAGACCGAUAAGGAGGGGCCCCCAGCCGCAACCCCGGUUCAACAGGCCAUUGCGGGCAUCCGCAUGGAAAUGAAACAUCAGUUUCGGUCAUACCUCAAGGCUCGGGUUUUCAAGGAAUUCGAACCACCCUCUCUGAUUGGCGCAACAUCUGAAGGUGGCAGCAGUGUUUUCCGUAUGCGGUAUUUUGCCCAGGAGGCCUUCCUUGCUCAGUCGCCGCAGUUCUACAAACAAUUCGAGAUUGCUGGGGGUAGAAAACGCGUGUUCAGCAUCGCACCAGUUUUCCGCGCCGGGAAUUCCAACACUUCCCGUCACAUGACUGAAUUUACGGGCCUCGAUCUCGAAAUGGAAAUUCGUAACGACUACAGCGAUGUUCUCUAUCUUUUGGAAGGGGUUCUUCUUUAUAUAUUCCGCCAAGUCCACCGGAUUUUCAAGGACGAGAUUGAACUCGUCCGCUCCGUCUACCGGUCUAGCGAGAUACUUUUGCCCGAACCUGGCCAGGAGGCUCAACAACUUCUUCGCGAGGAAGGGCCGGCGGAGUUCCGUCAUGUGCGCGAUGACGACGAUAUGAGUACACCACAGGAGAAGGCACUCGGCGCCUUGGUGAGGCAGAAGUUCAAUACGGACUUUUACGUCGUCGACAAGUUUCCCGAAACUGCCAGGCCGUUCUACGCAAAGCUGGACGACACGGCAGCGGCAGGCUCAGCUGAAGGUGCUGUCAAGGUCACGAAUGCGUUCGACAUGUUUCUGCGAGGACAGGAGAUCCUCUCUGGUGGGCAGCGCACCAACCAUCCGGACGAGCUGGAGGCCCGCAUCAGGGCUAAAGGUAUUGAUCCCGCGAGUCCUGAUAUCGAUGGUUAUGUUCAGGUGUUCCGCCAGGUUGGUGUGCCGCCCCAUGGCGGUGGCGGUAUUGGCCUUGACCGCAUCGUUGCGUGGUACCUGGGCCUUCCGAGCGUUCACCUCGCGGCUUACUAUCCGAGGACUCCGCGAAGACUGUUGCCAUGA